AUGGGAUUGGCGAUCUCUGGUGGCGGCUACAGAUCUAUGCUGACUGCGUCAGGAUUUAUCAAGGAGAUGGAUAAUUACGGUAUCUUCGAUUGUCUAAGCUACAUCUCAGGCCUUUCCGGGGGUAGUUGGGUCCUCAUGGAUUUACUUUCACAAAAUUUCAAUGUAAGUUCCCUAUUGUCUAAUUGGAAAUUGAAUGAUGGUCUUUUGAAAGGUGUGCCCGAUUUUGACAUUCGUCACCACGAUAUUGUUUCUGGAAUGGAAGAAUAUGAAGAUGCUUUAGUAAAAAGAACGGUCUCUGAUGAAGGUGCUUUAAGACAAUUUUUUUACAAUUUCGAAGAAUCAUUACAAUUGGCGGCUUUCUUAUUUCAAGAAGAUGAUGAACAGAAACGUGUUACUAAGAGAGGCGUUGGUCCUCUAGCCAAAAUUAUGGAUUUCUUUUUGCAAAGAAAUGACAAGCAAGAAGAAGAAGACUUGGAUGAUAAUGAGAAUUCCUUAUUUGGAUCAAUUCAGUCGUUGCACCAGGUUAUUCAGUUCUACAUCGACUUGCAUCUGGGCAUAAGACCCAAAAAAAUGCAGGGAUUUACGAUAUCUUUCACAGAUUAUCUAGGAAAAGCAUUAAAGAAAAAGUUGAGCAACACCAAGGGUCAAUCAUCAUCGUUUUCCCAGUUGAUGAUGAAUUCUACGAAAUUUCAAGAUUUCAAAGCACCGAUUCCACUCUUCAUUGCCAAUUGCCGCAAUGAACAUCUGAAAAACGUAAUAUUCGAAUUCAAUCCUUUUGAAUUUGGGUCAUGGGAAUCGAAUCUCGGAUUGUUUGUUAAGAUGCCAUAUUUGGGAUCAACCAUUGAGGCUGGUAAUCCCUCUCGUUGUAUCAAUGGAUUUGAUGACAUAGGAUUCAUAACGGCAACCUCUUCAUCCAUAUUCAAUAACGUUUUGAUUUAUAUCUGGCAAUUAACCGCGCAAUCUUCAAGGGAGACCAUGAGGGCGGUCAAAAAUAUUAUGAGUAUAUUUGGUCUUGGAAACGGUAAGCUCGAUGAGAAAAGUUUUAGACCAACGUCUUUAAACAACUUGGACACAGACUAUGCCGUUUAUCAACCAAACCCAUUUUACCAUUAUCCUGGUAUCAAUAAUGAAUUGACCCAAAAUGACUACUUAUAUUUGGUGGACGGCGGCGAAGACGGUGAAAAUAUUCCACUAAGGCCAUUGACAAUUCCGCAAAGGAAUUUAGAUAUAAUAUUUGUCAUUGAUUCCAGUUCUGAUGAGUUCAAUUACCCUAGGGGUAAAAAGUUGAAAAACGUCUUGCAUCAAUUGCAAAAUGAGGAAAUUGAUUCUCACAGUUACUCCAUCCCAGAUUUUGAUAAAGUUAACCAAUACCCUAUUGCGUUGGGAUGUUACCAACCACAUCUACCAAUAAUCCUUUACCAUCCAAACGCACCACACAGUUACAACUCCAAUACUUCUACUUUCAAAAUUACUUACAACGAAUCUGAAGUCAAUGGUAUGUUACAGAAUGGUCGUGUGAUCUUCAGUUUAAGUUCAAAUCCAGAGCAUAUGGAUUGCAUCGGUUGCCUCAUUGCUAAGAGGCGUAUUGAACAAGUUGAUAAAUCAAGGAUGCCAAAAAUAUGCCGACAAUGCUUCGAGGAUUACUGCCAUUAA